AUGAAUGCAGAAGAACAAGCAGGUGAUCUUGAGUCACCCUUGAUUCCAUUUGCAGAUCAAGAACAUGACUAUCAAGCAAGAAAAGGACAACAGCUGACCCGAGAUGAGUUUUUCAUGGAAGUGAAGAAGCAGCUGUUGUUAGUAGGGCCUCUUGUGUCAUCAAAUUUCUUGUUGUUUUGUAUACAGGUUGUUUCAGUCAUGUAUGUUGGUCAUCUCGGAGAACUUUCACUUUCAGGUGCUUCCAUGGCCACUUCAUUUGCUUCAGUAACUGGUAUCAGCUUGAUGAUUGGAAUGGGAAGCGCAUUGGACACAUUUUGUGGCCAGUCCUAUGGAGCAAAACAAUAUCAUAUGCUUGGUAUACAUAUGCAGAGGGCAAUGAUUGUUCUUUUGCUGGUCAGCAUUCCUCUUGCAGUUGUAUGGGCCAAUACAGGCUUCAUUCUUGAAUUUUUGGGUCAAGAUCCAGAAAUAUCUGCUGCUGCUGGGGAAUUUGCUUGUUACAUGAUACCAAGCCUUUUCGCUUACGCAAUCCUUCAAUGUCAUUCCAGAUUCUUACAAACUCAGAACAAUGUGGUUCCCAUGAUUGUUACUACAGGAACUGCAACUUUGCUACACUUGCUUAUCUGUUGGCUUCUGGUAUACAAGACCAGCCUUGGAUAUAAAGGUGCGGCUGUGGCAAACUGCAUCGCAUAUUGGAUCAAUGCAUUGUUAUUGUUUCUUUAUGUCAGAUUCUCUCCCUCUUGUCAGCACACAUGGACUGGAUUCUCAAAGGAGGCCUUUCACGGAAUUCUCAGUUUUCUUAAACUAUCCAUUCCUUCAGCUGUAAUGAUCAGCUUAGAAAUGUGGUGCUUUGAAAUGAUGGUCCUCUUAUCUGGUCUUCUUCCUAAUCCAAAGCUUGAAACCUCAGUCCUGUCAAUCAGCCUUAACACAUGUGCACUGACUUACAUGAUCCCCCUCGGACUGGGUGGUGCAGCAAGCACAAGAGUUUCAAAUGAAUUGGGUGCUGGGAAACCACGACUAGCCCGUCUUGCCAUAUGUGUUACACUCUCCAUGGUUGUUACUGAAGGCAUUGUGGUUGUUGCUGUCAUGAUAUUGGGUCGAAAAGUUUGGGGCUACUGUUACACCACAGAUAAAGAAGUUGUGGAAUAUGCUGGAGAAAUAUUACUGUGGGUUGCAAUAGCCCACUUUUUUGAUGGAAUUCAAUCUGUUCUUUCAGGUGUCAUAAGAGGAAGUGGGCAGCAAAAGAUUGGGGCUUAUGUUAAUCUUGGAGCUUAUUAUCUUAUAGGCAUUCCUAUCUCAAUUAUAUUAGCUUUUGUCCUGCACAUUGGAGGGAAGGGUCUUUGGAUUGGAAUUACUGUGGCUCUGUUUGUGCAAGCAGUAUCUCUUUCAAUCAUAGUCACAUGCACUAACUGGGAAAAAGAAGUGAAGAAAGCUUCUGAUAGAGUGCACAAGACAGUGGCUGUGACGGAUGCAGCAUCGUAA